CAGACAUCGGACGGAGGCAGAGAUGCCUCGUAGUUUGAAUCUGCUGCUUACUGCUGCACAUCUAUGAGCAGCAGUCUUUGCACAGGGCAUUGGAAAUACAGAUGGAGAGACAACACCUGAAUAUCGUCGUGUAGCAUCCUCAGUCUAGGAUUUGCUUCCUUUUUCUUUCACCUCACUAAGUUCAAUCAACCUAUCAAAGAUUUCCGCUCAGUGACGGCCACUGACAAUGAGUAGCGGCGCCAACAUCAAAGCUCUCUCUCAGAGCCGGAACGACACAGGUGUCAGCUCGAGUCUGCCUUUACCUCAAAGCAUGAUGCCUCUGCCAAAGAUGGAUCGCAAACAGCAGAAAACCUCCCUCCCCAAUCAGACAGUGCAGUAUCAGCACUCGGAAAGACGACAGUCUGCAUAUUCUUCAUCCCCUGCUUCCUCAGGUCCUGCAAACCUGGUGAAGGGUUCCACUUUGAAGAACCACCUGCUGCAGCAGAAGACUAGCAUGUACAAUCACAGAGGUUCAGCAGCUGCAGGGAGAACUGAUGGAGUAUGUUCAGCUUACAGCAGCCCUCAGGUACCAAAGAGGGAAGCUCCUCGCUCCAAGGACACAUUAGACCUUUGCAAUAGUACACUGACACAGAGGGCUUUGAGAGACCUGCAGUUAAGAAGAAAUACCAACAAGAACUGGACGUUUGGGAAGUAUCGUCAAAGACAUGUGGAGAAUGCAUGUCAGGGUGACACCUUACACCGUAUCACAGCUAAUCCUCAAUCAGUCCAGGGACGAGGGCGUCUUCUUUACACGAAAAGCAAGAAUGGCAAUGAGACAUCAGUUAUGUCUUCUUCUGGAUUAGAAAACGUAUCCAAAGAUGCAAGGAAAAGCCAGGAAAUUGGACGUUUUUUGGAAGAUACUGUCAACAGGAAACGGCAUUCAUCAUAUCAGACAUUCAACAUGGCACGCAGAUCAAGUGAGCCAGGAAAAGUCAACAUGGCAGCUGUUGCUCCCUUCAGGUUCCGAUUUCAGGUAAAUGAGGACACAGAAGCUGCGGCUGAUAAUCUGAGUGACUGCUCCUCUGACUCCAUGGAGGUCUGUUGUGAUGAUUUAGACCCUGAGUCGCAGAGGAAACGAACUGUGCAAAAUGUUCUAGAUCUCCGCCAGAACCUGGAGGAUACAAUGUCGAGCCUGAGAGGAUCACAGCUGAGCCACAGCUGUCUGGACAGUACUAAUGUGGGCUAUGACAGCGAUGAGACCAACGCUCGCAGCAUUUCCAGUAUGUCCAAUCGCUCCUCCCCUCUGUCCUGGCGUCACGGCCAGUCCAGUCCCCGUCUGCAGGCUGGGGAUGCCCCAUCCUCAACAGGCAGUGGAUUUCAGGGGGGCAAGAGUGCUUCCCCGUAUACAGCCCACACAAUGCCCGCUCGCUGCUCAAGCCGCCUCAGCAGCUCAUCCCGCAUUGAGCUCAUCGAAAAUCUUGAUGUUGAUGACCUCAAGUCUGGGUAUAUGAGUGACACUGAUCUUCAAGCGAAGACCCUGGAUGAUGAUGAUGACGUCAAUCUGGAUAACGGCUGGGAUGAGAGCAGUUCCAUCAGCAGUGGGCUCAGCGAUGGAGAUGGGGAUGGCUCGGAGAACCUCAGUUCAGAGGAGUUCAAUGCUGGCUUAUCUCUUAACUCCCUCCCCAGCACACCAUUGGGAACUCGACGCAGCUCAUCUGUUAUGCUUCGCACAGAUGCAGAAAAGCGCUCCCUGGUGGAGAGUGGUUUCUCAUGGUACAGUGAGGACGGCAAAGCCAGUCACAAGUUUAAUAGUGGCAGCUUUGACUCUGGAAGUCUCAAAACGGAAGCCCCAAGCAAGUGGAGGAAAAAACCUCCAAGUCUUGGGGAGGAUUUUGGAGUUAAAGGAGAAUUAAAGAAACCUCAAAGUUUUGGUCAGCCUGGUAGUUUGAAUAGAGGCAGAAAUCCUCCAGUCGGUGUGACGUCUCCCAUUACCCACACCUCACAGAGCAUGCUCAAAGUUGCAGCCCCUAAAAGUGAGAAGCCUCUGGACAAAUCUAAAAUUUCGGUCAAAACCGCUGGCCUGCAACGGUCUCGUUCAGAUGCUGGUAGGGAUCAUCAUGGGGAGCACCGCAAGCCACCAUCAGGAUUGCUCAAGCCCUCUGCUGUAGGCUCCUUUGGCUACAGGAAAACCCCAGCCGUCCCUGGUGCUGCAGCUGUCAUGACAGCAGAGGGCACCACCAUCCCCAGUGGCUCCUCCACUGUGGGAAAGGCCCCCAAGUCAUCUGGCAUCCCUGUGAAACCUGUGGGAGGGGGGACACCCACUGGUAGAAAGAAUAGUUUUGAUGCCAGCAGUGACCAGAGAUUCUUGGGACCAAAUGCCAGAAACAGCAUUCAGUACCGCAGCCUGCCUCGACCGGCCAAAUCCAGCACACUUAGUGUGAUUGGACGCCCAGCAACUCGGCCUAUCAGCAGCACCAUUGAUUCCAGCUUGUUGAGUUUGAAGCCUGUACCCAUUGCCUCCACAGGACCCCGCGUUAAAGAACAUAGUGUCUGCGGCAGUAAAACAACAAAUCGAACAAGUACAGGUCCAGUAAACCUGACAGACAGAGAAAAGGAGAAGGAAAGAGCCAAAGCCAAAGCUGUGAGCGUUGACAUUGACUGUAGUUCUUUAAAAAAAGAAAACAGCCAAUCAGAGUCCACAGGAGAAGCUGCUGUGAAGCUACAUGGCCUAAGACGGACCAGCAGCAGCAAAUACCCCGAGCUGUCCUCUCCAACAACACCAAGGUCUCUGGCUUCAACUUUUGUUACACAAAUUACAGAAAAGCAAAUCAAAAGAUCAAAACAUCUACGGAUGUUAAACUCUAAGGCUCUAGGUCGCCCGCCCAGUUUAGCUCAUCUAGACAAGGUCAAUUCCAACAGCCUUAACUCCUGUGUGAUGAUUCAGGACCUCCCACCCAAAGUCCCCCCAUACUCCAAGCUUCAGGAUUUAGCUGCUUCCCACCCUGCUCCUCGCCUCACCCCGAGCCCAGCACCUGUCCUUCAUAUGGAUUCUCCUGCCUACACCAGCGAACGUCUUGGUGGAUCCUCCUUGUUCUACCCUAAGCUAUCGGGCAUGCACCGCAGCCUAGAGUCCCUGCCCCUCCAGAUGAGUGUGCCCUCCAGCGCACGGCUUGUUACGACAGAAGCACGGGACAAAGAGGAGAGAAGCACAGGAACAUGGGGGGCCGGAAGCAGGACGUCCCUCAGCCUCUCGGAAAGUGUGCAAACAGACCGGAACACACUGCCAAAGAAAAGUUUAGAGUGUUUUGGCUCCAGCCUUCCAGAGGAUGAUGGAAACAAGCCAGGAAGGCGCCACUCCCACACCAUAGUGAGCAUGACUGAGAGUGACAGCCCUCCUCAGCUUCCUUCCCCCACUGGUCCUCCUCAGGCCUCCUCCAGUAAGGCUCCUCUCACAAACGUGGUUGCCCCAAUUUCCUGUGGCACCCCGAGGAUCUCUCGCUCCAGCAGCACAGGGCCUCCCACUGACUCAGCCUGUGAUCUCUAUGGAUCCUCCCCCCUGGGCAGCAGUAUGUCUCUGGCUGACCGGCCAAAAAGCAUGAUGAGGUCUGGUUCUUUCCGUGAACAGGGAGAUGAUGUGCAUGGCUCGGUUUUGUCUCUGGCCUCCAACGCUUCAUCCAACUACUCCUCGAAUGAGGAGAGGAUACAAGGGGAGCAAAUCCGAAAGCUGAGGAGAGAGCUGGAGUCCUCCCAGGAAAAGGUCGCCAAUUUGACCAUGCAGCUUUCUGCUAAUCUUGGCCAGGCUAAUCUUGUGGCAGCGUUUGAACAGAGUCUGGCACUGAUGACGGCACGCCUCCAGACACUGUCAGUCUCCUCAGAGCAAAAGGACUCUGAACUCACUCAACUAAAAGAUACCAUUGAGAUUCUAAAAGCCAAAAACACAGAGGCCCAGGAAAUUAUACAAAAUGCUCUCAGUAAUCCUGAGAUCACCCCUAAAGAGCUGCUGAUUAACCGCCAAAACUCCUCAGAGAGCAUCUCCAGCCUGAACAGCAACACAAGCCAUUCCAGCGUGGGGAGUCUGAAGGAGCUGGAGGCCAAGAAGAAGAAAAAGAAGAGCUGGGUUUUUGAGCUGCGGAGUUCCUUCAACAAAGCUUUUAGCAAGAAGGGAUCCAAAUCAGGAGCAUAUGCUGACAUUGAAGAGAUAGCCACCCCAGAAUCCUCACUGCCCUCCUCCCCCAAGGUUCACAAUAUCGACGAUAACCCUCAACAUUCUGCUAAAUCCUCUUCGUCAUCAUCCUCAGGGGUCUUUGAGGGCGGUGAGGGUAUGGAUGAAAAGGUUGUAACAGAACUGCGCUCUGAACUCUGGGAAAAGGAACGCAAGCUCACAGACAUUCGGCUGGAGGCCUUAAACUCCGCCCAUCAGCUAGAACAGCUGCAGGAAGCAAUGACCAACAUGCAGAGGACAGUCGAGAACCUGAAGGUUGAGAAUGAUCAGCUGAGGAUAGGUGGUCUGUCCCCCUGUCCAUCUCCUGGACCAUCCAGUUCUGUCUCUCAGUCUUCAAGCUUCAUGGCUCUGGGAAGUUCCUCCCCCAGGCAGUCCAUAUCUGUGAACAUGCCAAAGAGCUACAGCAGAGGGCUCAGUGAGGGAGGAGGCACAGCAGACAUUUUCUUUGCAGAUUCUCUCAGCCUUUCCUCACAGAGAGAUGAUCAUCGUGUCAGGGUGCUGGUUUGUGUUGCAGAUUUGCGCGUUUUCAAAGAUGAGGUGAAGCAGCAGGACUUCUUUAUCGGCACUGUCAGGGUGAAUGGAAGGAUGGACUGGGUCAUGCUUGACUCAGCUGUCAGCCAGGCUUUCAAGGUUUACAUAGCAAAAGUUGACCCAACGUCUAGUCUUGGCCUUUCUACAGAUUCCAUCUACAGUUACAGUAUGGGCCACAUCAAGAGAGUUCUGGGAGGAGAAGCCCCAGAGACUCAGCCUUCCCGCUGCAUGUCUCGAGGCCCCAGCAGCAUCACAGUGGCUCUAAAAGGUUUGAAAGAGAAAUGUGUGGACAGCCUGGUAUUUGAGACUCUCAUUCCCAAACCCAUGAUGCAACACUACAUCAGUCUCCUAUUAAAACACCGUCGUCUCAUCCUGUCUGGGCCAAGCGGGACCGGUAAAACCUACCUUGCCUCCCGGCUGGCUGAGUACCUGGUGGACCGCAGUGCCCGUGAAAUCACAGGCAGCAUUGUGGUCUCUUUCAACAUGCACCGCCAAUCAUGCAAGGACCUGCAGUUGUAUCUGUCUAAUUUGGCCAAUCAAAUAGAUCGAGAAAGCAGUGCAUCUGAAAUCCCACUGGUCGUUAUUUUGGAUGAUAUUCACGAUCCUGUUGCCAUCAGUGAACUCGUUAACGGAGCACUCACGUGCAAAUACCACAAAUGUCCUUACAUUAUUGGUACGAGCAACCAGCCGGUGAAAAUGACACCAAACCAUGGCUUACAUCUCAGCUUCAGGAUGGUGAUUUUCUCCAACAAUGUGGAACCUGCCAAUGGUUUUCUUGUGCGGUAUUUACACAGGAAGUUGAUGGAGUCUGAGGAUGAGAGGAAUUUAAACAAUGAGGACCUUAUCAGAGUGUUAGACUGGUUACCCAAACUGUGGUAUCAUUUGCAUGCAUUCCUUGAGAAGCACAGCACAUCAGACUUCCUAAUAGGCCCCUGCUUUUUCCUAUCCUGUCCCGUCACUGUGGAUGAGUUUCGAUCGUGGUUUAUCGACCUCUGGAAUUUUUCUAUUAUUCCUUAUCUACAAGAAGGUGCCAAGGAUGGCAUUAAGGUCCACGGACAGAAAGCGGUCUGGGAGGACCCAGUGGAGUGGGUGAGGGGCACCCUGCCAUGGCCGUCUGCCCAGCAGGACCAGGCAAAGCUUUUUCAUUUACCUCCUCCCAGCAUCAGCUCUUGCAGUCCAAGUCAACCCAGUGAGGACAGGCCUCACAAAGAGACGCCACCCAGCUCCAUGGAAUCUGAUCCUCUGAUGGCAAUGCUCUUGAAACUUCAAGAGGCUGCCAAUUACAUCGAAUCUCCAGACAAAGAAGACCCUGGCCUGCCCAACCUUUAAACACCAAGCUCUCAAUUAACACUGAACAUGUAUAAUUGAAUACAUUUUUUCUGUGCUGAAGGUGUGCACAGUUAGAAAGAGCACCUGCAGUUCGCAUCUGAUAUUAAGUAGUCCAGCUUUGACCUAUAAAAUCCAAAUUAUUGUAAUGGAUACAGGAUGAACAGUUUGUGUCUACAAACUCUGCAUGUCAUUCUACUGAAUUAUACUUAACACCUUUUCAGCCCUUGAUGCUCUUAGAUUGGUGCUAACUCAUUACUAUAAAAUCCAGUUUCUUAACGUUUUCACUUCAGGGGAUUUCUGCAAAAAACUUUGCAUUGCGGGACAUUUAGUUCCCAUCAAAUGGCGCUAUUCUUAACUUGUUUUGGAAAAGAGUAUGACAGCAUAACAGCCUAAUGUUCUUUGGUACUGUACAUAUCUACAGUUCAAGUAUUUAAAGGCCAAAUCUUUUACAUAUGCAAUCCUAAACUUAACAACCAGAGCAGGUGAAACAAGCAUGCCUUAAGAGCUAAGACAUUCGUGUCACCUCAACCCAACCAGAGCACUGGUGCUUUCAUCGUCAUGCAAAGCCGUUUAACAACAUUUCACCACAUUUUUCAAUUCAUCACAACCAGUUUUCCCUUGACUAAAGUUUGAAAAUUUGGUUUUAAGAGGAUGUUUAUAACAAAAGUCAUUCUUGUAAUUCCCAUUGAUUAUAAUUUUAUCAAAUAAACUUGCUGUCGUACUCUUUUGGAUAAAACACUUGUUUUUCAGAGAUGUGUGUUUAUCACUGCACACACCUCUUCUUUAACUUUCAUUCAUUUCACAUUGUACAAACUGUUGCAGCAAUGCUGCUUUAAAUGUCAGGUAUAUAAGAUACAACACAGGGAUGUCAUUAAAAAAGAACAUCUUAAAAAAACAUGACUAGAUGCUUACAAGUCAGUUUUCUGUUAAAUGUAUCUCAAAGAGCACAUUUGUUCAGAAUUUUGCCCUUCAACAUCUGUAUAUAUCAUGUACAGACAGUGAGACAUUACUUAAUGGACAUCAAUGGGUGCAAAUAUCUAGAGUUCUGAAUCAAACACUGUUUUUAGUCUUGCAUAUUGACUGUCAAAUUUGUGUGAUUUCAACUACGAAUGUAUAUAUAAAUAUAGGAGUAUAGAAACUGAAAAAAGAAACAACAUAACAGUAUCAUGUAGUGGGUGCUUUUAACAGAAGCCUUAUCAAAGAUUCACAGCAACACUUUUGACAGUGGCUUAGCCGAGUGGCCUAAAGCUGCCUGAAACCUGACUGAAACUCACCAAAUGUGUUCAAUCCCAUCAGUUAGGUUUGUUUGGUGCUCUUACAAAAGGCCCCUCACUGUUUUAGGACUGAAUAAGACUCACAUGCUCAUACAGGGUUGAUGUCUUAUAAGCGUUGUGUCAUUUUUGUCAAACACAACAUAGAAUUCAUGUCUUAAAUUAGUAGGAGGUGUUUUAGAAUAAGUGCUGAUGACAUUAAGAUGAUACAGUGAAGUGAUGUGAGACAUUGUGUGGUGUAUACCCAUGUCGAUGUUGUGCAAUACGCACAUGAAAUCACUUUGGAUACACAAAAUGAAUUGUAUUUAAAAGGAAUAAGUUUAAAACAUGUUCUAAGGCUUUACAAAGUGCUUUAGGUGCUGUUCUUUUUUGUUAAAGGGGCCUUGGGAAGUUUAUAAAAUGUGAAGAGACGUGUGUUGCAAGUGGUGUUUAAAAAAAAAAUCAAAUCAGUCGUCGUUUCAGUGUUCAGACAAAAGUUCACAUCAGUAAAUGAAUGUUAGUGUCCACUUUUACUGACAGCUUAAUAAGAUAGUGUAACCUUUUACAUUCAGUUUGUGCUGCAGGUCUCGCUCUGCAUGCGUCAGAUCAGUAACAUACAAACAAAAUAACAAAAAAUGAAAUAUAUUUAGGAGCAAAAUCAUUUAUCAAAAACAUGAAAUAGCUUAUUUAUUGUAAAUAUUUCAAAUAUGUGAUAAAAAUGCCGACCACUUUCUGAUCUUUCUGCUACAGAUUCAUUUCAUUGACUGGUUGUUGUGCCUGUUGCGCUGUAGCAGUGUUUUUUCUUUGCCUACUAGUGUUAUCAGGAUUUUGCAGCAACUUCUAUUAGUGUCAGCGAUCCAUCAGCGUCUUAGUAUCGCAAGCCACUGAGUUAUGUUUUCAUUUAGUAUUUUUGGAUAGUUCCCAAAUUUAGACAAACCACACCACAAAUGAAGCUUUUUCAGCUGGUGAGACAGCUUUUAAGGGAAGAACUAUUGCUUGGUGUGUCACUGAAGACAGGGUUUGUAAGACGUAUCAAAUCAUGCAAGCUGUUUGAUGUGCUUUGCACUUAAGAGUGACAGCAGAUGGCAUAUGUCUUACUUUAUGAGAAGUCAAAAUGAAAAUAAAAGAGAUUAAGAGCCAUGAGCCUUUUGUUGUUGGCCCAAAGCAGCUAUUUUUCUGCUGAUCUGCAUUGAGCAAAUCCAACACCAGAGAUUACUCUGGUAUCUAAGGCUAAUACAGGUUGCUUAAUCGUCAUACUGUGGCAAAGCUUGUGUUAAAAGAAAAAAUUAAUAAAGCUUAAUCUAUGCUUGCUGAUGUUGGAAGAUAAGGAGUUUCUAAGUGUUUCAAUUGCAUGUAAACUUGCUGUGUGAUGGGACAAAAAGAGAUGACACUAACAUUGUUUAAGGAAGUCAUUCUAGGUAAUGUUUUCUUUUGUAAUACUUAAAAUAUUUCUUUUUUUUUCUAAAGAAUCCUUUUUAAAACCUAAUUUCUCUAUUUUGUACAGAACAUGGUUGUAAAAAAGAAAAAAGAAAAGAAAAAGUGUAAAUACAGUGUUUCAGCGUUCUGGGUGCGGCAACAAUCAUUGAAGAAGAAAAAGCAACACUGUUGGUAGAGGAAUAUAUUUCUGAAAGGUUGGUUCCAAUAUGUGGAAAAGGCAUGCUUCUGAAGGCUCUCAUCCACCUGUCACUGUUUGUUGGAAUUAAUAAAAUACAUGUUACAUUUA